AUGCAACCGGAGGACCUCCUUGCAGACCUCCCUGAAGACGCCACCCUGGAGCUGGUGUGGAAAAACAAUGAGCGUCUGAAGGAGUACGUGCUGGUGAGCUCUAAGGAGCUGGAGUACGACGAGGACCCCGGCUCUCUGAGUGAGACGGCCAGAGCGGGACACUUCACCCUGGAGCAGUGCCUCAACCUCUUCACCAGGCCAGAGGUGCUGGCUCCAGAGGAGGCAUGGUACUGUCCAAAGUGCCAGCAGCACCGAGAGGCCUCCAAGCAGCUGCUGCUGUGGCGUCUGCCCAACAUCCUGAUCAUCCAGCUCAAACGCUUCUCCUUCAGGAGCUUCAUCUGGAGGGACAAGAUCAACGACAUGGUGGACUUCCCUGUCAGGAAUCUGGAUCUUAGUAAGUUCUGUAUUGGCCAGAAGGACGAUAUGCAACAACCUCCCAUCUACGACUUGUACGCAGUCAUCAACCACUAUGGAGGAAUGAUCGGAGGUCACUAUACUUCCUACGCCCGCCUGCCCAGUGACAAGAACAGCCAGCGCAGUGAUGUUG